AUGCUGACGAUAGUGAGUAUUAUGGAAUACAAUGGUGGGAGUGUGAUUGCCAUGAAGGGGAAGAACUGCGUGGCAAUCGCCUCCGAUCUGCGACUUGGAAACCAGGCGUUGCUGGUGUCUACGCAGUUUGACAAGGUAUUCAAGAUGACCGACCGCACGUAUGUGGGCUUGCCCGGACUCGCUACCGACGUGGAUACCCUACGCGAAAAGUUCCGCUACCGCUUGAACAUGUACCGCAUGAAGGAGGACCGCGAUAUCGAGCCGGAGACGUUUGCGCAUCUCAUGAGCUCGACGCUGUAUGAGCGGCGGUUCGGGCCGUACUUUAUCGAGCCCGUGGUAGCCGGUCUGAACUCCAAAAACGAGCCUUUCAUUGCCGCAUCUGACUUGAUUGGAUGUCUGAACUUUGCCAAAGACUUUGUUGUUAGCGGCACCGCCAGCGACCGUCUCUUUGGUGUUGCGGAAGGUUUGUGGGAACCCGACUUGGAGCCCGAGGAUCUGUUCGAGACCAUCUCUCAGACUAUGCUCAACGGCAUCGAGCGGGAUGCCCUUUCGGGCAUGGGUGUGAUUGUUCGGAUUAUUACGCCUGACAAGGUCAUUGAACGAACUCUCAAGUGCCGUAUGGACUAA